UCAUCUCCAGAAUUAAAGCUAACAUAGUCUAGUCCGGCCUGCGACUCCUGCACACAAUCAAUACCAGAGACGUGCAAUCAUUGCUUCAGUCGUGUCGAGGCAUGCCCUAUCUGACAAGAUCGAUUGCCGAAGGCCAUAGGCCAAGAGUGGCUAUUCUUGGAGCGGGCUUUGCGGGCCUACGAUGCGCAGACAUCCUCAUUCAGAAUGGUGCCCAGGUCACUCUUUUUGAGGCCAGAGACAGACUCGGUGGGAGGGUACAUCAAAAUAUGAUUCAGAACCAUAUGGUUGACAUGGGCCCUAAUUGGAUUCAUGGCACCGGAAAGAACCCGAUUGUCAGCAUUGCAGAAUCGACUGACACCGUCGUUCAAGAUUUUGAAGGCAACCAGGCUCUUAUAGCCCCGGAUGGGAAGCCAGUCAGUGAUGAAGUGGCUGAGAAGGUGUCGGACGUCUUGUGGACAAUCAUUGCAAAGGCUUUCAAGUAUAGCAACACCUACAAAGAGACGAUCCCGGUCGACCGGAGCUUGUUUGAUUACAUCAAGGAACAAGUAGGACAGACCGACCUCAGCGAGCAAGAAAAGGCUCUUUGCAUCGAAUCGAGCAAGAUGUGGGGAGCCUAUGUUGGCGAUUCCAUCGAAAGACAGAGCUUGAAGUUUUUUUGCCUCGAAGAAUGCAUAGACGGAAACAAUUACUUUGUUGCAUCGACAUAUGAACGGAUUCUAGAACAUGUCUCCAGGACUGCACGCGAACACGCCGACAUUCGCCUCAACCAACCGGUUAUCAAAAUCGAGUCGUGCACUCGCGACGAUGCCGCUCCGCCAUCCACCACCCAAGUGACCCUUACCACAGCCUCAGGAGACAUCUCUCAGUACGACGAAGUAAUCGUCACAUGUCCCCUAGGCUGGCUCAAGCGCAACAAAGCCGCCUUUAACCCAUCCCUCCCACCACGCCUCAGCCAAGCCAUCGACAGCAUCUCCUACGGCCGCCUCGAGAAAGUUUACAUCACUUUCUCGCGCGCCUUCUGGCACGUCGAUGACCCUGCAGCAGCAGGAGCAGCACCACCACCACCACCAGGCCCCAACACCCCGACAUACAAAUCCUACCAAAUCCCAACCUUCGCCCAAUUCCUCAACCCCACUUACUCCACAACCCACCCACCACACAUCCAAUGGAACCAAGAAUGUAUCUCGCUCGCCGCGCUUCCUCCCCAAACUGCCCACCCAACCCUCCUCUUCUACACCUUCGGCCCCUGCGCCACGCACAUCGUCUCCCAAAUCGCCCACCUCGACCCAUCCUCCACCGAAUACUACGAAACCCUCCAUCAAGUCUUUGAACCUUUCAUCGCACGCCUGCACAACUACUCCCCCACGGCCGCGGAGUGCCAGCCCCUAGCCUACCUGGCAACGCAGUGGCAGAAUGACCCCUACGCGGGCCACGGCUCGUACUGCAACUUCCAGGUCGGACUGGAGCAAGGGGACCGCGAUAUCGAGGUGUUGCGGGCGGGCAUGGGCGCGGAGCGCGGGGUGUGGUUCGCUGGGGAGCAUACGGCGCCGUUUGUGGCGUUGGGCACGACGACGGGGGCAUAUUGGAGCGGGGAGCGCGCGGCAGCGGGGAUCUGUGAGAUUUAUGGCUUGGGCAAGAUUGGGGUUGGCGUUGGGAGGGAUGAUUCGUUGCCUUCGGCGAGGGUUGCUGCUGCUGGUGCUGCUGUAGCUGCUGUAGCUUCUGCUGGUGGUGGAACUAGUUAGUGUGAGGGGGUUGUGCGUGAACCUCGCUUGUAAGGUUUGCACUUUGCUUUUCGGGAAAAGGGGAGACAGUGUUAUUUUGUUUACUGCCGCUUGGAUUUACUUUUUGGUUUCCCUCGAUGGGAAGGUCAUGUAUAGCCAUAUACUCGAUAUAGAAAGAGAGAAGGAGCAGAUACGGAUAUAACUUUGGCCCGUUUGUAUACAGUCGUCCUAGUGCACGACAGCCG